AUGGCAACACCCUCCGAGCCACUCCUUGCUUUUAACAUCUGGUCAACAUAUCACGAAGCAAACAUCGACCAGGAGCGACCAGUGAAGCGACUGAAGAUCAGCAGUGGCGUGUCUGCCAUCGACACCGCCCUUGAUGGAGGCUUCGAUGUUGGCUCAGUCACUUGCAUUACUUCCGAGCCAGACCACGGAGCCAAUGAUCUUGUUCAUGGGAUAUUGGUAGCACAUCUACUGAAUACACCCAAUGCCUCCGCGACAGUGAUUGACAGCUCCCAUUCCCUCGAUCUGCGCCGACUCUACAAAGCUAUCGAGGCUUCAACUAAAAAUAGAGAGGCAGCGAUUCAAGUUCUGGAUCGUCUCAAGAUCAUGAAAGUGUUCGAUUAUGUGGGACUUACUGAAGCCAUGUUCGAGCUGCGAGAAUCACUGGAGGAACGAGCACAGAGCCCUGCAGCGAGGGCGCCAAAAGCCACGAUACCAGACAGCCAGGAUGAUGAUGAAGAAGUGCUUGACAAUCCGCCACCAGUCGAAGAACUACCACAAGAAGAUGAUGUCGAAGCACCAAACCUACUCAUCAUCGACAGCAUUUCUCACGUCAUAGCACCUUUGAUCAAGAACAACUACACACAAGGACAAGCAUUGCUUUCAUCUCUCAUGCGCUCGCUGGGCCAUCUUACGCGAACCCAGAACCUCUGCACUGUGGUUCUCAGUACGGCCUUGACGAACAAACCAAGCCCUGGUGAGGAGACGCUCAGCCUAUUCAGAUCAUGUACGGUCCGGCCUUUGCUGGGGCCUGGGUUUGGGUAUCUGCUUGAUGUUCACAUGUAUCUGCACAGACUCCCCAGGAGAUCUGCAGAAACGCAUGGUAGGGAUUCCGCGCCACAUGGCAGGUCGUCGGCGGAUAUGGUGAAUGUGCUGGAGGUUGUGCAGGACAAAUUCGCGGGCCGCUUCGGGCGAUGGGCUCCAUUCGUUUGUGGCGAGAAUGGGAGGCUCGAGAACAUGCCGUGA